AUGUCGCUCGCUUUUAAAAGAUUUAUUUCAACAGGUGCCAAGACGGCAAAGAAAUACAUGGCACCAAAGCCUGCCAAUGGACCAACACAUGCAAAAUUAUCGCCAGCUCAGAAAGCAUAUCUUGACAGAGUGAUUAGAGUUGAUCAAGCAGGUGAAUUGGGUGCUGACCUAAUCUAUGCUGGCCAGUAUACUGCUUUGGGCCAUCGUCAGGACCUUAAAAAGUUAAUCAGACACAUGUGGGAUCAGGAAAUCCACCAUCAUGCCACAUUUGAUGCUUUGCAAACCGGAUUGAGAGCAAGACCUUCACUACUAACGCCAUUAUGGAAGGUUGGUGCCUUUGGCAUGGGUCUCUUUGGUGGAAUAAUGGGCAAGGAGGUAUCCAUGGCCUGCACUGAGGCAAUUGAAACGGUGAUUGGCAACCAUUACAACACGCAACUUCGUGUUUUGAGCAAUAACUUUUCGGACAUCAAGGAUCUCAGGACCGGGGAGUGCACGCAUUCAGAAGAGGUGAAGAAUAUUCAAAAUCACAUAAAGACCUUUAGAGACCAGGAAGGAGAGCAUUUACAUAUUGCAGUUACACACGAUGCCGACAAGGCCAGACCUCAUUGGUUGAUUUACAACACAGUCAAACUUAUAACAAAGUCAGCUGUGUAUACCGCCGAGAGAGUUUAA